CUGGGAAAAAGAGGAGCAAUGCUGACUAGCCGUCAACACAUGGGACGUUUGAGAAUUAGGUGAAACAAUACUCGAAUAAUAUUGGCUGACGUUUUUUGGGACUUUAACGAGAGAGAGACUCUGUCUGAUGAAACUCCAACCAUGGUUUCUAUGGACCAUGUAGCUCACAAAAUACUGGCUUACAUCCCAUAUGUUCUCGUUUUGAUUGAUAUGAGAUAUGAAGGAGUUAAAUGUGGCAGGGAUGGCAGUGUGGACAAUCAUAUGGAGAUGGGGAAGAAACUGCUCGCUGCUGGCCAGCUAGCAGAUGCCCUUUCUCAUUUCCAUGCUGCUGUGGAUGGAGAUCCAAAGAACUACAUGGCUUACUACAGGAGAGCUACAGUGUUUCUAGCUAUGGGAAAGUCCAAGUCUGCACUGCCAGAUUUGAGUAGAGUCAUUGAACUCAAACCAGACUUUACAUCUGCAAGGCUGCAAAGAGGAAAUCUUCUUCUGAAGCAGGGCAAGCUGGAUGAAGCAGAGAGUGACUUUAAAAAAGUGCUGAGGUCUAACCCCAGUGACAAAGAGGAGAAGGAAGCCCAGAAUCAGCUGACCAAGUCAGAUGAAAUUCAGCGACUUGUGGCUCAGGCACGCCACAGCUUUGACAGCCGUGAUUAUGUGACAGCUGCCACCCAGCUCGACGCUAUCAUUGAGACGUGUGUUUGGGACGUGACGUCUCGUGAGAUGCGAGCAGAGUGUUUUAUUCAAAUGGGAGAGAUGGGGAAGGCCAUUAGUGACCUCAAAGCAGCCUCCAAGUUGAAGAAUGACAAUACCCAGGCUUUCUACAAGCUCAGCACCAUCUACUACAAUCUCGGAGAUCAUGAGAUGUCACUCAAUGAGGUGCGUGAAUGCCUGAAGCUGGAUCCCGACCACAAGCAGUGUUACAGCCAUUACAAGCAGGUCAAGAAGCUCAACAAACAGAUCCAGUCUGCAGAGGAACUCAUCCAAGAGCAGAGGUAUGAAGAUGCUGUGAGUAAAUACGAGGCAGUGAUGAAGACUGAGCCCAACGUGCACCAUUUCACUCUCCUCGCCAAGCAGCGAAUCUGCCAUGCACUGACUCAGGGCCAGCAAGCAAGCAGAGCAAUCUCAGUGUGUAGUGAAGUUCUCCAGUCGGACCCUGAGAAUGUGAAUGUGCUAAAGGACCGAGCUGAGGCCUAUCUACAGGAGGAACAGUAUGAGGAAGCCAUUAAAGACUAUGAGACUGCAGGAAAACACAGCGAAAACGACCGGCAGAUAAAAGAAGGCCUGGAGAGAGCUCAGCGACUUCUCAAACAGUCUCAGAAAAGGGAUUAUUACAAGAUCCUGGGAGUCAAGAGAACUGCCCAGAAAAAGGAGAUCAUCAAAGCCUACAGAAAACUGGCCCAGCAGUGGCAUCCUGACAACUUCCAGGAUCCAGAGGAGAAGAAGAGGGCGGAGAAGAAGUUCAUCGACAUCGCUCAGGCCAAAGAGGUCCUCACUGACCCAGAGAUGAGAACAAAGUUUGAUCACGGGGAGGACCCCAUGGAUCCAGAGAGCCAGCAGAGUCACCAUCAGCACUUUCACGGAGGUUUCCAUGGCUUUCAGGGAUUUAACCCUUUCGGCUCGGGACCCUUCAACUUUAAAUUCAACUUUAACUGAGGACUCUAGCACAGCUGGAGUUUUUUCUAUUUCCUCUCUAUUUAAAAGGGAGAUCAGCAGAAUGAGGAAUGUUGGUUUGGACCGACGUUUCUCACAAACACAUGAAGCAAAUUGUGACUUUAAUUUAGUGACCUUAAUUAAAGAUGCAUCCUCGUCGAAUGAUAUGAUUUGUAAUUUGGUUUGUGGAAGAUCUGUUGCUAUGCUAACAAAUAUCUGCGAUGUGUGGAGGAGCUUUUAUCUGUCAGGUGUAAGUGCUUUAUCUUACUCUGAAACCUUUUCUUUCUGUUCACUUGAUUAACAUCCAUUCAGAAGACAUUUGUACAUAGGUACAGUACUAUUUUUAUAUGAAUGGAAUUUUUCUGCACUGUAAAUAAA